GCAUUUCUUUCGUUUCGCAGAUAUCGCUAUGGACUGGUCGGAUCACGCACUUUGGUGGCCACAACGAAAUCAUUGGCUGACCAGAACGCGCAGCACGCUGGAUCAGUACGGCGUAGCAGCGGAUGCAUCGCUGCAUUUCACGCCGAUGCAUAAAACCCUAAGGGUGCAAUUGCCGGAUAUGCGCUGCCUCGAUUGCCGAGUCGAUUUUUCAGUCAAGACGUUCAACGCGGUCAUUAAUUUGUGCAAGGAACUCGGCAUUAGACACCCAGAGGAGCUUUCGUUCUGCAAGCCGCUCGAACCGAAUCACCUGAAAUACAAUCUAAAGGACUUGCCAGCCAAGAAGAAGAUCGAGAAUCAAAAGAACGGUCACUGGAACGUACCGGCCGACACGAAUACCUUCAUUCCAGUUAGCCAGAGUCCCAGAGGAUCUACGGGAAGCUUAGAUCAAUCGAGUCCAUUCAUGUGCGCGCCAGUCACACCCAACAAUAGAAAUCACAGCACACCGAUCAGCUCUCCUGUCACGCAUACCGGAACAUGGAAGAGGAACAAUAACUCUUCCGGUUUCGGUAGCACCGGCUCCUUCAACGCCAAUAACAGCACUAUGAGUCUCGAGGCAUUAAACGGCGGAUUGUCGGAGUCCUUGGCGCAGAGUCCAACGUCGAUUUCGCUAGAAACGCGAACAAAAUUGAUUAGGCCAAAAAGUCUGAUCGAAAGGGCAAGAAUGAACGUCGCCUGGCUGGAUUCCUCUCUAUCGAUUAUGGAGCAGGGUAUCCGCGAAUUUGACACGCUUAGGCUAAAGUUUAAAUUCUACUCCUUCUAUGACCUGAAUCCAAAAACCGACGCGGUCCGCAUCAACAUGAUUUACGAGCAAGCCAAGUGGCAAUUGCUCGCAGAGGAGAUUGAUUGCACCGAGGAAGAAAUGCUAAUGUUUGCAGCACUUCAGGUACAAGUGAAUCUUCAGGCGAGCGUACCGCAGCCCACGUACGAUAGCAACGGGGGGACCUCACCCGUCGAAGAUGACAUUGACGCGGCUCUAACGGAUCUGCAAGUGACUCUGGAGGGCAGCAAUAUCAGCAAGGGGCCCAGUGACAUCACGCAGGUGCCCGAGCUCUGCGACGAGCUGCGUUUCUUCAAGCCAAAGCGUUUUACGCUAAAGGCUUUCAAACGUUAUUGGUUCACGUGCCGUGAUCUUCAGUUAAGACUCUACAAGAGUAGAGAGGAGGCGAACGGUUCAGAGUCACCGAUUUACGUGAUCAAUUUGCGUGGUUGCGAGGUCACGCCGGAUGUACAUUUGUCGCAAGGACGCUACGGUAUCAGAUUGGAGGUGCCCAGCGCUGAAGGCAUGACCGAGAUGUGGAUCAGAUGCGAUAACGAGCAUCAAUACGCAAAAUGGAUGGCUGCGUGCAGAUUAGCGGCCAAGGGACGUACUCUCGCCGACGCGUCCUACGAAAGCGAGGUCAACAGUAUCACAGCUUUUCUGCAACUGCAAAGGCCUGCACCCGCACCGGCCAUCAAUCCGAAUUCUUUGGAUAUCAUACCAGAGGACUACGUCGCAUCUCGAUUUGCGAAGAAAUUCAAAGGAAAGUUGGUUCAAAGAAUCUUGGAAGCGCACGCAAACGUUAAAGACUUAUCUCUUAUCGAAGCAAAGCUGAAUUACAUUAAGGCCUGGCAAUCCCUUCCGGAAUACGGUAUUUCGCUUUUUGUCGUGCGAUUUACCGGCAAGAACAAAGACGAAUUACUGGGUAUUGCCAAUAACAGACUAAUGCGAAUGGAGCUUCAUAGUGGCGAUCAUCUGAAGACUUGGAGGUAUAAUACUAUGAAGGCGUGGAAUGUUAACUGGGAAGUAAAACACAUGAUGGUACAAUUCGAGGAAGAGAAUAUAAUUUUCGAAUGCCAGUCGGCAGACUGCAAAGUCGUUCACGAAUUUAUAGGAGGCUACAUAUUCUUGUCGAUGCGCUCGAAGGAAGCGAAUCAGACGUUGAAUGAGGAGAUGUUCCACAAGUUGACCGGUGGAUGGGUUUAAUCUAAAAAUGUAUAUGAAAAAAAAAAAGAAAGAAAUUGUAAUAAGUUCUAACAUAUUCUAAAAACGAUGAUAAAAUACAUUUUGCUGGUUUAUCAACAUACGUCACGUUCUGUUCAACGUCUGCACGCUGGUUGACAUUUGUAAAAAUAUUUAAAUCUGAUCGUAGUUAUAUAUCACAUAUUUUAACGCUGUAUGCUGUAAAUAGAAUAUUAUAUCCCCUCUACGUUUUAGCGAGAGUUUUAACGAUUAUAGUUAUUUUUAUUUGACAGGAGGCUACUUGAAGAUUUAUUUACUACCCCUUGACCAGAGCACUUUAAUUUUAUAAAGUACCAACACAUAUUAACAAUCAUUGAAAUCAGAGCCUCCUUUCCAUGAAAAAAAAAAGAGAAUCCGUUUUCUACAUAUAUUUCUAAUGGUUUUAUAAAUAGACGUCUG